AUGGCCCAUGACAACAUCACAUGGAAGAUCUUGGUGUCAGCCUUCCCAGCGAGCCAGCCUUGCAUUCCUAAAUUUCUUGGGGAAAAUGCAAUGGUGUGUGUUUGCAACGCGACGUACUGCGACACACUGGACCCAGUCUCCCUCCCUGACGUGGGCAACUUUCUCAAGUACACAACCAGCAGGGCCGGCCAACGUUUGGAGCGCAGCGUAGGGAAAAUAAGUCCCAGUCGAGGAGCUUCAGGGUUUUUUUACACCUACAAUCCCUACGUUCAACAUCAAUGCAUCAAGGGUUUCGGCGGCUCGCAAACCGAUGCUGCUGCCAUUAACAUCCUAAAGAUGUCUUCUGCAACCCAAAACCACUUGCUCCGGUCUUACUUCUCCGAAGAAGGAAUUGAGUACAAUUUGCUGCGCUGGCCCAUCGGGUGCUCCGACUUUUCCAUGCGGCCGUACAGCUAUGGCGACAGCUGCAAGGAUGACUUUAAACUCCAGUGUUUCAACCUGGCCCCAGAAGACACCACGCUUAGGAUCCCUCUGCUCUACCGUUUCAUGCAACUCUCCAAAAAAUCUCUCUCACUGAUUGCCAGCCCUUGGACCAGUCCUGGCUGGCUAAGGGCCAACAACGAGGUUCAAGGCAAAUCCUGGUUAAAGGGAGAACCAGGCGACCUUUACCACAAGACCUGGGCCCGCUAUCUUAUCAGGUUCCUUGAUGUAUAUUUGAAGCACAACAUCACUUUCUGGGCCUUCACAACUCAGAACGAGCCAAUCACCUCCCUUUUUGUGAACAGGGAAAAAUUCCCCACCAAUUAUGUCUCGGCCAAACAACAGCGUGACUUCAUUGUUAAGGACAUGGGCCCUGCCCUUGCUGCCAGCCGCCACCGAAAUGUCCACCUGGUCAUCCUCGAUGACGGGAGGAUUCACUUGCCUUCAUGGGCCAACGUGGUGCUUGGCAACAGCAGCGCUGCCAAGUUUGUGUCUGGCAUUGGCAUCCAUUGGUACUUUGACUUCAUUGUCCCUCCUGGACCCACUGUAGAAGCCACCAGUCUCCUCUACCCCGAUGUCUUCCUGCUGUACACAGAAUCUUGCAACGGUUUCCUAGACUGGGACGUGAAAGUCGAUCUGGGAAGCUGGAAUCGAGGCGUCUAUUACAGUGAAAAUAUCCUGGCGAAUCUCAACCACUUUGUCACAGGGUGGAUUGACUGGAACUUGGCUCUCGACAUGGAAGGGGGUCCCAACUGGGUAAACAACUUUGUAGAUAGCCCAAUCAUUGUGAACCCCCUUAAAGAUGAAUUCUACAAACAGCCCAUGUUCUACCACAUAGGACAUUUCAGCAAAUUCAUCCCCGAAGGUUCUGUGCGAGUCGCUCUCACUUCCAGCUUCUUCACUGACACCUUCCUGCUAAAAAGUGCAGCUUUCUUGCGGCCCGACGGCAUUGCAGUGGUUGUGGUGUUGAACAAGUCCUUUCUCGGUGUUACUUUGACUAUCUUGGACGAUCAGGUGGGUUAUAUUAAGGACCUUGUGCCAGCUUACUCCAUCCAAACCUACCUGUGGAGACGGCACGUUUGAGGUCCUGAGACUUGGAAGGAAAUUUGCUGGUCGCUGAGGAACAACCGGCUCUG